AAGACUUGCCAUCAUCCCUCAAUAACAUUCAACGGAAAAUCAUGGGUGGUGGAGGAGCAUUCAGAGCAGCAGCAAAAGUCGCCGGAAUCACCGCCGCCAACAGCGGUUUCCGUUCCGUUACGGCUGAGCAUCCGUUCCGUAACGUCGUUCGUCCAGUGUCGAUAGCGGCGAUAUCGUCGGAGGAUGUCAAGUCCGGUGUGGUCACGGCGGCGCACGGCGAUGUGUCUCCGGUGGAAAGGAUUGUGACGGAAUUCGAUGACUGGGAGAUGGCUGGUGGAGAGGAGGAAAUGAUGAGUGGGGAGCCGUUGCCACGUGUCGUGUUUGGUGGAGCUCCUUCUCUUAAGGAAGCUACUGAGGCUACUUCUGAUCUUAAAGAUGCUCUUCAAAAGGUAUAUUUGUCCGAACCAGCUAAUGAAUAUGGAGGUUCUUGCUUAUCUGGCUCAAGCUUAUCGCCCUUCUCCAAAGCCUGUGCUGGCAGUGGGGUCACCAAGUCUGUCCCAAAACAUGCUAUGCAUGCAUUUAGGUUUCUAAAUGAAACUCCUGCGGCACAGAGUGUUGUUGCUUCAAUUGCUUGUGACCCAAAAGUGUGGAAUGCGGUGCUGCAAAAUCCGGCCCUUCAAGAAUUCCUUGAGUCACAGAAAACCAGUGAGAAAGGUGCGUCAUUCCCUGACUCGUGGGAACAAAAGAUAGAUGAAUCCGUUGCUGAUACUGAUUCCUUUUCCCAGUCAUCCCCAAGGAGUGUGAAUUCCAAAUCUGAGGCGGAAGAGUCUAAAUCUGGAAACUCCUUUACAGGCUUUUGGCAGAAUAUUAAACAAACAGUGGUUGAUAUGAUGAACAGCUUGUCAGAUUACUUUAACAAUCUCUUUGGAGGCAACAAGAUUUUUGUCAAUGCUGAUGGGAGUGCUAAAUUUGGCACUGUGGAGACAAUGGGAGCAUCUUUCAUGGCUUUGGCAGUCAUGGAUAUGAUGGUGGUUGUCUCAAAACGUGGUCAAUCAUGAUGUCUUCAAAGUUAUUACUAUUUGAAUUCACCGAAGUUACAUAACUAAGUGUUACAGUUUCUUCUGGGAGAGGUAUUGGGGGUUUAGUUGAGGGUUUUUGGUCGGGUAGGUCUAGGAAUGACUUAUGGAAGAGGCUUGUAAAUAAAAUAAAGCCGCUAUAGACAAUGUUUAUGUCUUAAUUUCUUCGCUUUGUCAUCUCAAUGCCGAUGAAGUUAGUUUUGCUUUCA